AUGGCUGCACAGAUAUCUUCGCAGAAUGCCAUGUCAGGCACCAAUCUCCUCCUACCUCCAUCUCUUCCAGAAUCUAGAUCGUCCUUGUCCAGCCAAGGCCAAUACAUACCAAUUACUCACCUGACGAACAAUUCCUAUACCUCCAGCAGCUCACCAUACAACAGUCCAUUUUACCGAGAACACACAUUGAGGCCGAACAAUGUUAUCAUUGAAGAUGCUGUACUGGACGAGGAGCGAUGGAGCAGAACUGCUUUCGCGCUCGGAAUGCCCUUAGGUGAUGUGUUUCGUGCCACAAACGAAACACGGCGAUUUGCAAACAAAAUGUCUCGCAAAUCAAAUCUCACCGAGAAGAACAUGGUGGAUCUGAUGAUGGCAUUGGUCCAAGCCGCAACAAAGGCGCACAAGAACGUGCAAACGCAGACAAAUGCCACCUUUCAUCAGGACGCCGUGCCCAAUAGCACAAUCACCGCAGACCUGCUGUCGAGUCCAGAUACCUGGAGCAUGCCUCUUCCAACCCCAAAACCGAACAUCGUUGUCGGAUUUGCCACCAAGACCUUCACACCACAUGAGCUCGAACUACAGUCAGGAAUCAUCUCGACAGCGGCUGGCCUACCCUGUGACCUGGCUAAAGUUAGUCAGCCAACUCCAGAGGUCUUCUGGCCGUUUUUGACUGUCGACAUUCAUCCCGAUUCACUCCACGCCGCCCAGAGUGCAUCUGCUGGUUCUGCAUCAACCUGCAACAAUGCAUUGGCACUAUUGGCGGAGGCUGCAGAGGAACCAACUAUUCAACGACAGGGUCGUCGACUGUUCUGGAAUUCUCGGAGAGCUGUGCACAGUUUUAGCUUGAGCAUCAACCUGGGCGGCAAGAUUGCUAGUCUGAAUUUACACGAUUCCGAGGGUGGGCUGAUACACCAUUCAGCGAUGAUCAGAGUAUACCGACUUGACGAUGAGCGAGAGGUGGAGGCACUACUUUCACGUCUAACAUCCAUAUGUGUAUGGGCAGAAAACAUUCGACUUCCUGCAAUUGUGGACCUCUUGGAGAAUUUGGGCGGGUUGGUAAAGCUAGAAAGUCAAAAGGUAUUUGCCAGUGAUGUCUUUGUCAAUCAAGACUUGUCGCCUGCACAUGAUACUGGUUAUGCGGGAAGUGCAGUCGGCAGCAUCUCACCCGCGAAAAGAUUUGGAGGUUUCAAAUCUGUAAUGAGGGAUAUUUCCCCUCGAUGGCUGAGGGUUCAUGCUUAA